UCCGCCAUGCCAGUGGUUGAGAAUAGGAAAAUAAUGAUGUGGCAAACACGGAUUUAGUAAACAAAACAAUAACAACAUCGUUUGUAUCUUGACCAAAGUUAUAUUAUUAAGAUGUGAUAAGUGCAGUGUUUUAAAAUCAGUGACACUUGUGUUAGUUAAAAGUGUUAGAUUUUGUGAAGCCGCUUUUUGUUUUCAACCUACGUAACAACUCGCCUUAUUACGUUCUGUGUUUUUCUUCCGCCAGUUUAGACUUUCUCCUUUUGUUUUAACGCCAUGAUGGAGUCGGCGCUAAAAGACCUAGAGGAGUUGACGUUGUGUGGUUACUGCAAACAAAAGUUCAACGAGCACGAGAUGGUUCCCAAGUUGCUCAGCUGCAAGCACUACUACUGUCUCAACUGUGUGCAGACGUCCAUGAUCAAGGGCCGGGAGGUGUUUUGCGUAACGUGUUGGAAACGCACGGAGCUGCUGGACCAGGGGCCUGAGACGUUACCAACCUACAACCCAAUCCUCGUGUUGUGUAACAACUUCAAUGCGAUAAAACUUGGCGCGACGGCAGGCUCUGGUGCGACAAAACCACCCGACAAAGGGAAGCUGCUACAAAGUGAAAACUGCCACACACAUGGAAUGCCACUGGCGCUGUGGUGUCACACAUGUUGUAACGCAAUGUGUCGUGCGUGUGCCAGCCAGACCGACCACCCCGGCCAUCAGAUCAAGAGCCAGGUUGAGGCUAAGGAACAGCUGGUAUCUGAGGUUCAAUGCGAGCUGAUGGCGGUCAGUAAGAUGUUGACAGAUAUCCAAAGGCUUGCGCUACAACAGCGGCAGUUCCUGCUCAAGGUGCUCGAGGCCUGCAUCACACUAAAGACACACGUAGAGACAGACCUGCAGAGUGGCUGGUCUCAUGUUCCGGAGGUUGCUGAGGCGAGGGAGACGUUGAGUAAAGCUCGAGUUGGACUUUCUCAUCUGGAGAACCCUGGAGAAGCACAGAACCUUCUAACCUCACUCUCGCUCGAAAAACAAAGACUACAAGCCAAAUUCCAAGAGAUGGUCCUUCAAUGUCAACUGGAUGACCUCAUCGGUAACUCUGGCGUUGUCUUCGACUUUCCGCUGUUGAAGCAAGCACUCGCCAACAUCCACGCAAACAUUCACACGUUAGACUCGCCUAUCAACCAACCAAGCCGAAACCACGUAGCAGCUUCACACAACCCUAUUCUAUUUCUCGCCAACUACUGCAUGUCCCAGCUGUACUCUCGACACGUACUGAGCAAACAGCAGCAACAACAGCAUUUGCAGAACGGAUCAGUUGAAUACGUUGUGAAGCCGCAGCAGACAUUUGUACAUUCAGAGCCAAUUGGUACGAUCGUCGCAGUUUCUCCCCAGCAAGCUCCAGUCGUCGCGUUAAACGUACGGCCACCGAGUCCGUACCCGCUGUAUUUUUUUAACAUUGAAGUUAAUGGAACACCACACGGGCGCAUGGUCAUUGAGACACGACCUGAUGUCGCUCCCAAAAUGGCUAAGAACUUUGCCGUAUUAACGACGGGUGAGAUGGGCUACAGCUACAAGGGCUGCGCAAUAUUCCAGUGUUGGGAAGGGGAGAGUGUCAUCACAGGCGACUUUGAGCUGAACAACGGCCGAGGUGGCAGGUCCAUCUACGAGGAAGGAUAUUUUAUGCCUGAUGACACAAAGUUUCCUGCCGUAAGAGGAGCGGUGGGAAUGAGGAGGACACAAAAGCGUCACGACAACUUGGGCAUGGUCGGUUCACAGUUCCGCUGUAUCCUCCAAGAGAUGCGAGGCUUCACUGCCAUCUUUGGACACAUUGUCGAGGGACUGGAGUUGGUGGAGAAGAUCUCUACAUACGGCGACCAGACAGGCAAACCAACCAAGAAUGUUGUCAUUACCAACUGCGGAAAACUUUGAAUAGGGGGAUCUAUUUUUGUUUGUAUCGGGGUUUUUAUUUUACAUUAGUUAUAUUUCACCCAUAGAAAUAGGUUAUGCAUACUGGAGACAACAGUAAAUAAAAAAUGUGCUUAUAGUAGGGUCUCGUCAUUGUAAAAUGGUUAAGUAUUCAAAGUGAAAAAUUGAUUAACAUAGACAAACUUUAACACUUAACAUUAUGGAUAUUGAUCUAUGAUCCUAAAUAUGUAUUUGAGCCAAGUAAAUCAUGCUAGUAAAAUAUCUCCCUUAGUAUUGAUAAUCUAUUUCUAUGAACUCGUCAUUUAUAUAGUUAUCUAUUUUGGUUUGCGAACGUAUUCCUUUUGUUUUAGUAAUAUGCAUCGUUAAUAUUAUAUCGCAUGCUUAUCAUAUAGUGAGGGGCUUACCGUCAGCUCUGAGGGGUUCUAGGGGUUCGAAUUGACGUCAACGUGAGCUUUGCGCUUUUUUAGAUUUAGACUCGAAGUAGUAAUUUUCCGAAGUCGAUGUUUGUUGUAUACAAGUGACGGUCAGAUAUCAGAGAUGUUUUUGACUGUCACUUCACCCUGUUACUCUUACUAUGGCCUAACCAGAAAAUAUAUUUUCAAUCGAGUAGCGUUUAGAUUUAUUUUUCCGUAUCCGGUGGAGUUUGUAUCGUAUCGUAGCUUAGGACUUUCUUUCUGAGGCAACGCCAAGUUCGUAAUAGAGGGAAUAUUUUUCGACAUCGCAUAACUCGUUUUCGAGAUAUUUUUUUAUCACGACCCACGGUUACGAUUUCGAGAAUGUUUUCUAUAGUCGGAAAGCGAAUAGAACGACUCGUACACAUCGAAGCGUAAAUGUUUACGUAGUCUCCCCAUUCUCUAGUGGCUAGAUUGUUAGUUAGUCUUAAGUCGUCGUCCCACCCUGUUGACUCGCAUUGUAAGAGGUUUAUUUUUUAUUCGGACUCGUCGGACAGUGUUCGGGCAAUGUUUUCGCAUGUUAGAGUUAGGUCUUAGCAUAUUAUCGUCCUUUCGUAAACAUAGCGGCUGUGCGAAUUUGGUGGUUUACGAUUUCCGCCGUAGCCCCGACAUAUCGGUUUCUAUCCCUGAACGUUUGUUAAGAGCUUCUACGCCCGUCGUCCGUUAGCUUAUAUCUCAUAAGCGUCGCAAUGUUCUCGGUCGAUCAUAACUACAGACAAAUAUAUAUUUUCAUGUAUUUUUUACUCGUAGUGUUUGCUAGGAUGAAGGGGUUUGUCGAAUGUUUGUAAAAGCGUUAAUUAACAGAGGGUUACAUUAGAACAAUGAUUUUAGUCUUUCCCGACCCAUCUGAUGGGCAGUUUGGACCAAUGUAAUAUUUUUUGUUGCACAAUUUUUUACAAGAUUUAAUUACGUCCUAAUUUAAUCCAGAUUAGCCAUAUUGUUGUAUGCAUACUUUUAUUACAAAACAAUCUAAUCCCAAUUAUACUUUUGUAAUUUUAAUUUACAAUGAAAUUUACAAUAUUAUAUUGAACAAUCAAUUUAACGAUCAGAAUUGUUUAUAAUUUGAUGAUAUGAAAUGUUAACAUUUUUGUUGAAAAGAUCUAAAAUACAAAUUUUUUUAUAAGUUAUUUACGCACAAUCACUUUUAAUUUGCUUCAUUAAAUCUAGAUGUACAGAAGAAAUACAAACUUUUAUGGAACUAGGUUUUACUUUUUAAAUUAAAUAACAGAUCUGAUGAAUUACCAAAUCCAUCUUUGUGCCUUAUAAUGCCGAACGUUUCCAAUUGAUUCUGUUUUUUUACUGAUAAGUUGUUGUUUACCAAUGGAAUAAUAUUUUGAAGCGAAAACUUUUGAGCGGCUUUUAGUCUCCCGCUCUGUCGUUUGUCGGGAUUGUUUGGCUGGCAGGUUCAGCGAUAGUUCUAAUGUUAAGGUUUGCUUUGAUGCAAUCAAAACGCUUGUAAAGGCGCUGUUAUCUGGUGGUAGGUUUGACUCAGUGAAAGGAUUGUUUUUAACUGCAAAACUAAUAAAUAACAGAACAUCUUUUUACUAUCUGUUGAGGAUAAUUUUUACUAUCUGUUGCAGAAUUUGAACAUUUAUGAACCUGGUUUUAGGGUUUUUAAAUUGAUAUGCUCCUUUCUACUAAGUUUACAUUUGAAACCAUGUUAAAUUUAACAACAUUUAACAGUUAAAAUUAAAUUUUACAAAUUAGUCUGUCUGCAACAGUUUUGCUUUGAUUUAUUUAUCUAUACCAUAGAUUUAACUUUUGUUUUGUUUAACUAGACAAAAAUCUUUUAACAUCCCCAGUUAGCAGCGUCUGUUGACAUUCCACAGAUUUGUACGUCUUUGACUCUCCCUUGUGGGUAAAUGUAUUUUGUGUCAACUUCAGAAACAAUAAAUGUCU